AUGAAACUGGGCGCGAUUAGUCGCCUAUCACUGAAUACAUACUUCUCUACGAUGAUUGCAAGUGAACAACCGAUACAGCAGGAUUACAAAGAUCACAAUUCAAACGAUCCUCCACUCGCGCUUUCGCGUAUUGACACACUCUCUCAGCAUCUGAGCGACAAUGAACAACGGCACGCUCAACUAACAAGUGUUUUACAACAUCAUCGAGCACUAUUCGACACAUAUCAACCACGAACAAUCAAGACCCUGAUUCAUCACGUCAUCAAUACCGGCGAUCAUCCUCCGAUCAAUGCCAAACCAUACUUCAAGCCCGUUGAACAACGAAAGAACAUUCAACAAGAAAUAGAUAAAAUGUUAAAAAAUGGUAUCAUUAUUCCAUCUCAGUCGCCAUGA